CUAGAAGCAAUGUCAAAGAUGGAAAGACGUCUGGUCUCUGCUGUCCUCCCUCUCUUACUGCUGGACUUGAUGGAUUGUGAUCUCAUGAGCCAGGCAUGGACUGUCCCUGACUGUACCAUAGCAGAUAGCUCCCUAUUGUCAAAUCUCUCCUUCUACAUCCCAUUUUGUCCCUUGGCCCCAGGGCUGCAUACUUUUGCAUCAUGCUCCAAUGUUACAGACCUGACACAGACCCUGAGAGCAGUGCCCCAGGAUAUACAGGCACUUUGCCUCCAGGGCAUGGUUCCUGUCCUGCCAGCUAAUGCAUUUGGUCACUUCCCCUWCCUACAGCUUUUGAGGCUACAGCUGGGCACCCUCAAGAUUACAUCUGAGGCCUUUCAAGGAUUGAAUCAGCUGCAGUACCUUUCCUUUGAGCAUCAUGCUCCCUGUUGCUUGAGUCUUUUUCUCCCUCAGGAUGCCCUGAUGCCUCUCACAUUCCUCAUUAGUCUUUCCUUUCAAGGCUACUGCCUGAAUUAUAGCCAGAACAUCCAGUUGCCAAUCARCCUUAGGCAUCUAACCCUAGGGCACAGCUGUUUGAUGGAGCUACAGGAGCUACAAGUGCUCUUCUCAAACCUUGUGCCUAGUUUUUCUCCUACAGCCAGCCCCAGACCAUGGUCUUCCUUCCUAGAAGUGUUGGAUUUGUCUUACAACCUGAAGCUGAACCAGGCAGGUGUCAGAGCCUUGAAUGGCCUCCAGCUCCMUUCCCUGAGAUUGGAUGGCACCCCAUUAAAUGCAUUAGAUCUUUUAGGCUCAGGACUGCUCCAUCUGGAUUUUCUGUCCCUUGUGGGUACAGGUAUGGAAAAACUGCCUGGGAAAGUGUCAGGCUAUUUUGAGCUUCGAGCACUUGACCUUGGGAGAAAUCGAAUCCAAAACAUAGAGGAUGGAGAUCUCUCAAGCUGCCGUUCCUUAGAACAUCUCAGCCUUUACGGCAAUGGCCUGAAAUUGCUUCCCAUAAAGUUUCUAAAUGCCCUGCCCCAGCUUCAAAGUCUCAACCUAUCCAUGAAUAAGCUGGGUCCAACCUUGGUGCUUCCAGAUGGGCUGGUUAGCACAAACUUGAGAGUGCUAGAUCUGUCCAACAAUGAGUUAUGUGUUCUUCCCUAUGGAGCCUUCUCCUUUAUUCCUCAACUUGAGGAGCUGUGGCUGAGUGGCAACAACAUCUCCAACUUAUCCAGUGAGAGCCUGGAGGGACUAAAGCAGCUGAAGACACUAGACCUAAGCUGGAACAAAAUUAAGGUGCUAAAACCAGGCUGGCUCUCCUUUCUUCCUGCUCUCACCUCACUAAACCUGCUGGGCACCUAUUUAAGUCAUAUCCCAGGCAAGGAGCUCCAAGGUCCCCAGAGGCUGAGCCAUCUGCAGCUGGGUUCACUUCAGAUGCUGGACCUCUAUCCUCCCUGGCCUCCAGCUCUGCUCAGCUUAGAGAUAUGGGCAGAAACAGGUAUCUGGUUUAAUAACUUCAAUGAAGAUACCUUCUUGUUCCUGGAGAAGCUGAUCUUACAAACUUCCAACGUGGUACUSUCUCCAUACAACACCUCAGUUCAUUUUCCUUCCCUGCGUCACCUCACUCUUCGAGGCGUAAGCUUCUUUGGCUUCUCAAGUCAAGAGUCUCAGAGAUCCUUCCCUCAGUUUCCUGUCCUGGAGCACCUGCACUUCUGGUCUGAUUAUGGGAGUACAGAAAACCUGCAACUAUUUGGGAUGCCCAAGCUUCGAGUGCUCGAGCUCGGAGAUCUGAAUUUCCACUAUGAGUCAAGGUCAACRAAGCUGGAGCUGGUACUGAAGGAAGUGCCUCAGUUACAGGUGCUGGCAUUGAGCCACCUGAAUCUUGGGAACCUCUCCAUGUCCAGUUUCAGGGACUUGGACCACCUGCAGCUACUGCUGUUCAACUCUGAAUGGACCCUGSGGUUAGACAGCAGCCUUCAGGAGUUAAUCCCCCAGAUGCCUCAAUAUGUUUAUUUCUCAGAUGUCACCUUCACCUGCCAGUGUGAAAGCUCCUGGGUGGGGCYUUGGGCAACACAGGCCCCCAACACCUUUGUAUAUGGGCUGGAGAAAUCCAUCUGCAUGGCCAAUGCUUCUGACUACUCCAAGACUCCACUGCUCUCCUUCCUUUCUCAUCAGUGUGCACAUGAUCUUGAGUUUCAGGGCUUUCUUGCCAGCUUUACUCUGGUGCUCCUGUUCACUAUCCUUGUACUGCUUGGCUGCCCCAAAUGGUCCUGGCUUCACCAUCUCCGGACUCUUUUUCAUGUGUGGUGGUGGAAACUAUGUGGGCGUGGCCCCAGAAGCCAAUUCCACUAUGAUGUCUUUAUAUCCUACUGUGAGCAGGACCAAGACUGGGUGCUGGAAGAACUGGUUCCUACACUGGAGAAGUCUCCUCCAGCAGGUGAGGGCUUGAGGCUGUGCCUGCCAGAGAGGGACUUUGGGGUUGGGCAGGACAGGAUGGAUGCCCUGGUUGCCAGCAUGGAGAACUGCAGGGCCAUCCUCUGUGUACUCAGCAACAAAGCCCUGGGGAGUCCCCGGUGCCAUCUGGAGUUAAGGCUUGCCACCUAUCACUUGGUGGCCAGACCUGGAACAGCUUGCCUCCUACUGCUAUUUCUGGAGCCUAUUGAUCGGCGGAAGCUAUGCGGCUAUCACCGCCUCACCAGGUGGCUUCAAAAAGAGGACUAUUUUGAUUUGCCUCAAGGGAGGGUGGAGUGGGAUGUUUUCUGUGAGCAACUUCAGAAAAGGCUAAGGAAAGCUGGACAAGAAAGAGAUGAUUAA